CCUCAAGCCCGCAGAAAAAAAUUUUGAAAAUGGCCGCCGACUUCGCUAGUCAAUUUCGUGCUAUUCGCCCUCAGCCAAGUGUCACCGUUAGAAGCAUUUUCGAGCGUCCAUGUUACGGCCCAGUGAUGGACUCGUAUGAUUACAGCAAGAAGUGGCUGGAGGCACAGAACUACCAGGUGCGUGGAUUCGUGGACGGCUUCCUGGAAUUGUCGGAGGACUGUGACGCUGAGCUCGUUCCCGUCAACAGCCCCUCUUCUAGCAAGAAGGUUGCCCAUGCACUGCCUGCGGAUGUGGAGCUCUUCAACCAGGCCCUCAAGUCAUCAGUGACUGCGCAGGCGGCUUGGGCGGAGCUGGACCCACACACACGUUGCACGCACCUAUACAAUGUGGCGCGCAGCGUGCAGAAGCACUUCACGAGCUUUGGCGAGAUGGAGAGCCUUCAGUCGGGCAAGGUCCUGCCCUUCAGCAUGGAGGAGGCUACACAGAUGGUGCGGUACUUGUACCACUGCGCCGGUGUUGCCAUGACUCUCAGCGAGCGCUUCCCGGCGUCGCGGCCAAAGGGUGUCGUGCUGGUAUUGGUGGAGGAUGCCAAGGCAACCUGCCCCGUGUCUGCAUGGCGGGUUGGCGAGGUCUUGGCUGCCGGCAACUCGCUGCUCAUCGUCGUCAAGUCCGACUUCUGCCUGGCGCCCAUGCACUUUGCUGAAAUCGCUGUCGCUGGGGGGCUGCCUAGUGGACUGCUCAACGUACUGGUCACGCCGUCGGAGGGCAUCGAGGAGUUGCUGAAGACGGAUGGCAUUGGGCACGUCCACGUGGUGGCGUCGCAGAGCCGCUGCCGGGAGCUUCGCCGCCUGAUGGCCGAGCCCCUGGUGCCCUUCUCCAGCUACUGGGGCUGCGGCCGGGCCGUGGCUGUGGUGCUCGAGGGUGCCGACCUGCAUGGAGCUGCUGCUGGCAUUGGCCAGUCCUUCGCCAACAGCAGUGGGAAGGGUGAGGCGUGCGGUGUGCAAGUGUUCAUCCAGGAGUGUGUGUAUGCCAAGUUCAUAGAGCUGCUGAGGAAGGAGCUGCAUCGCCUGCGUAUUGGUGCAGCCAACGACCGAACCAGCGACAUGAGUGUUGUCUUCCUGCAGAACAUGUCGACACCUCCGUCGCCGCCGAAGAUCGCCUACACGGAGCUGUCUGACGCUGAGCUUCUUUCGGCAGCUCAUGCAGACAAGCACCCCUACCCACCGAGGCCAGCACUGUUUGCGGACGUUGCACCAUCUUCACCAGUCGUGCUUGACUCGGUGGGUUGGCCACUUGUGUUGGUGACUCAGUUCCGUACAGCCAAGGAGUCUGUGACACUGGUGAACAGUGCAGUGCAUCAUUCGGAAGUGAGCUUGUGGACUGAAAAGCUGCCUGUUGCCUUGGAGCUUGCAGCUACCUACAAAGCGACAUCAGUCUUCGUCAAUGGACAGGGACUCCGUGACGCUUCCGUCGAGUUUGGAUCGCGCAACGGGGUCGUCUGCGGUGAGCGGGGCAUUCUUACGUUCAUCAAGCCAGCUGAGAGCCCCGCUCAGCUGCCUCGCUGCAAGAUGAACCUAAAAGAAUUUGGAGACAAGGUGCAGGAUGUGCCCCCGGGUCCAUAUGGCAACGUCGACGAAGGGGGUGAGCUUACAACGUACAAAAUGUUUAUCGGUGGUCAGCAGACGCGACCAGUGUCCAACGCCUCCUACUUUGCCAGCAGCAACGACAGCAGGACAGUUGGCUACUUUCCUGAGGCGGGGCGCAAGGAUGUCAGAAAUGCCGUGGAAGCAGCACUCAUGGGCUUCAAGACGUGGUCGUCCCGAUCAGCACACAGUCGAGCCCAGGUGCUGUUCUACCUGGCCGAAAACCUGCAGAUGCGGGCGGCCGAAAUGGCCGGCGUCAUACGCAACAUGAUCAGCCGACCCGAGGCGGCGUGCAAGGCCGAAGUCGACGCCUGCGUUCGCCGACUGUUUUACUGGGCCGCCGCAUGCGACAAGGAUGCCGGUUCUGUCCGGAGCACGACCAUCAAGGGCACAGUGGUGCGCGUGAACGAGCCCGUGGGCGUGAUUGGCAUUGCCUGCGCGGAGGAGGCCUUUGUGCUGAGCAGCUUCGUGUCUGCCAUGGCUGCAGCCCUGGCAUCCGGCAACUCAGUUGUCGUUCUCGCCAGCACGGAGUGGCCGCAGCCGGCGCUGCGCUUCUGUCAGAUCCUGCAGACGUCGGACGUACCGCCGGGCGUGGUCAACGUCCUGUCGGGCAAGGAGCGGCCCGUGCUGCUGCGCGCCCUUGCAGAGCACCACGACGUUGGCGCCGUCUGGUACUUCGGCCAGGAGAGUGACUCGGCGGCAUUCCUCGAAUAUGCGGGUGCGCACAACGACAAGCGCAGCUGGGUGUUCCCCGUGCAAGACCACAGCGACCAGGACCGCCACUGGAUGGGUUGGCAGGUCACCCAGCACACCACAGUGCCCAAGAGCAUCUGGCUGCCCUCUGGCGACACGUUUGCCAACUGAGGUUCGUUGGGAGCACAGUGGUUGCCUGCACUCCCGUGGGAGACCUUGACCAGGGUAGCUUCGUUUACUCAAACUUGACGUCGGCGUGUCCAGUCGAAAGGCGGGCUUAUCCAGACCUGUCCGACCUUGUUAUCAGGUGUUUUGCCCUGUAGUCGAGUGAUUCAACCAAACCCUUCCAGCAAAUCUGACCCAGCUCUCCCCGACACCCUCUGUCUGACCCUCUAGUGUUUAUACAGACUUGAUGAGCGGUUUUCAGCCCAACAAGCUGACUUGACCAGACUUUAUUUCCAUGAUACCGUAGCUACUAUCCAUUCUCCAGCACGCUGUCAUUGAUGCGGGAGUCUAGUUCUUGUUCUGCUUUUUCUUUUUUCAAUUCAGGAGAGAUCAUCGCUCGUGCUUAGCCCUUAAACCUUCCUUGCUGUAUUAUUGAUUCAUUUACAGUCGAACCAACUUAUAACAAUAUUCAAGUGCCAUGAAAGUUUCAUUGUUAUAACCGAUAAUUGUUAUAACUGGGUUGCCUGUAAAAAAAAUCAAAAUAGGGGAUGGUGUAGCUGUUUUGAAAAAUACUAUAAUGGUGGGGAGGCUUGUUCUUCUACCACCUUCCUCCAUCUGGCUUCUGAUUGUGUUAACUUGUUUAACAGUUUAUCUCUGCUUCCUGCGCACUCCAAUCGCGUGUUGUUAACAAGCCACUGCUGUCGGCAUUCAAGAAUGGCACUGCUGUAACAACUGCAGACAGGGGUCACGGGCGGCAAGUGACAUACGAGCUCCGCCGAGGCAUCGCUUUGGUGGCCCCAAAAGGUGACUUUUAAAAAAUGCAGGAAGGUUGCCGCGGCAGCAUCUCGGCUUGAGAAAUCCAGAAGAAACGCUGGGACGAGGUUGCCACAAGCAUCUCGCCACGUACUUCCCACUGGCUUGCAUGAGAAAACCGCAUGUCCGUCAGCCUUGCUUGCUUUGUAUGACCCUUGCAGACAGUCAAAGAACCCAUUAUUAGUAUUGAUGCUAAUUGAAGUUUGAACCUCUUGUGUACAGUUGCAGACACCCGUAGUGACUCAUUGUGCCUUUCUGGCCGUUAUGCCUUGUUCAUGUGCGUCGUGACUGAAAUUUCACAGCAACAAAGCGGUGGUCUCUUUCUUGCGAAGACAGAGAUAUAUUUGGCUGAGCAGUUUAUGUGGCCGCAUGACUUAACUCUUUGCAAGUUUACUUACCAGGUUCAAAAGGGGUACUGCAGUCUUUUGAAGAACUGCCAGCUUCCUCGCACCAAGCUAAAGGAACAAGGGAUUGAAGAAGUUGAGGGUAACAGGCUGGAACUGUUCCUCAAGGUUUUCCUUCCCAACAUACUUUAAGGCAGCUUGAGAUUGUGGUCAGAACAAAGCACAGCUGUUGAUCAAUGUCCGGACAACUUCGGUGCAGGCCACUUAUAUUAUUCCGUUGUGGCAUCUACAGUGAGAGUGUUUGCAGUGCUAAAAGAACACAGAGUGAAACGAGAUGUGAAUGUGAUUCCAGAUUUUUGUGCAAGCUUGUUGCCCAUGUAAUGUCUGCAUUAGUUCAAGCUUGGGCACCGUGGAGUUUAUUGCGUCAUUGUAUGCAUGUACUGGUUGAGGUGCGAGCAGUGGUGUUUAUAUUCAAUUGUACUACAAAUCCUACGCCCAGUCAAUCAAAACGUGGGCAAACAAUCUUCAUUUUUGCAAACAGAGCUGUUUUAAGGAUCCCUGUUUUUCAUGUUUUCAUCCCUGUGGAAGUACUAUUAUAUUGCUCUUUUCUAGCUUUUAACUUCAUGCUAGUGUUUCAGUAAGAUUUUUGGUAUUAUGCGACCAUGGUAUCUGUACAUGGUGCUAUUUUUUACUGACUGUUCAUUUGUCCCUUCAUUAACCUCUUUCAUGUUAGAGGAACAUCUUUGACCCCCUUUCGUUUCGUUUUUGUGUCUUGUAGCAUACGUGGCAUGAAUCUUAGCUAGCCAGAGAAGCAUGCUAAGGACUUUGUCUGUACAUUUUAUCUGUAUUCGUUAGCAGUUAAUAGGCACAAUUGCCAUUGUACUUGGGACAAGAAAGAACUGAGUUGUUUUUUGUUGCAUAUGUAUUGCUUACACCCCCAGAUGUAUGCUCACUUCUUGAACUCUUUGAUGAGACAGUAUUAUCUGUUUUCCUGGGACCUGAGUACACAUAGGUUGGAUAAGGAACAUUUCUAUUUUUAAGAAAACGUUUUGAAGCAUGGAUCAUAAGGUGACCCAUUGUCGUCAUAUGUUGGUUGGGCAUUGUUUGUGUGUUGUAAUAAACGUUUAACAAGCCUAACACAUGCCCAUGCAAAUCUUCAUUUGUUUGCAUGCAUCAUCUUUGCAUGUCAUACGAGCAACUGUGGUUUCACGUGCAUUGUCUGCAUGAUUGUUACUUUUGCUACGUGCUGUGUGUGUGAGCGUCUAGGAGGGAUGUUUAUGGCAGCCGGUAAUACCGUAUCCACUAAAUGGACAGUUUGUCUGUCAGUAUGCAUGUACCGUAUUUGUACGAUUCUAAUGUGCACCUUCUUUUAAAUAAAAAGUGCGUUCAAAUUUG